CCAGCCCGGCGCUCGGCUGCGCCAGGCGGACUGCAGGACUGGAGAUCCCGGAGCGAGCAGAACCGGGUGGGCCCCAGCAGCCAUGCUUCCCGGGGUGGGCGUGUUCGGCACCAGCCUCACGGCCCGUGUCAUCAUCCCGCUGCUGAAAGACGAGGGCUUCGCGGUGAAGGCGCUGUGGGGCCGCACGCAGGAAGAAGCCGAGGAGCUGGCCAAGGAGAUGAGCGUGCCCUUCUACACCAGCCGCAUCGACGAGGUGCUGCUGCACCAGGACGUGGACCUGGUGUGCAUCAACCUGCCGCCGCCCCUCACCCGGCAGAUCGCCGUCAAAACCCUCGGCAUUGGGAAGAACGUCAUCUGUGACCGCACGGCCACGCCUCUGGACGCCUUCCGCAUGAUGUCCGCAGCCCACUACUACCCCAAGCUCAUGAGCAUCAUGGGCAACGUGCUGCGCUUCCUGCCGGCCUUCGUGCGCAUGAAGCAGCUGAUCGAGGAGGGCUACGUGGGCGAGCUGCUGGUGUGCGAGGUGCAGGUGCACGGCGGCAGCCUGCUGGGCAAGAAGUACAACUGGAGCUGCGACGACCUGAUGGGCGGCGGCGGCCUGCACUCGGUGGGCACCUACAUUAUCGACCUGCUCACCUUCCUCACGGGCCAGAAGGCCAUCAAGGUCCAUGGGCUGCUCAAGACCUUUGUCAAGCAGACAGACCACAUCAAGGGCAUCCGUCAGAUCACCAGCGAUGACUUCUGCACCUUCCAGAUGGUGCUGGAGGGCGGUGUGUGUUGCACGGUCACCCUGAACUUCAACGUGCCCGGAGAGUUCAAGCAGGACGUAACCGUGGUGGGCUCGGCCGGGCGCCUCUUGGCGGUGGGCACCGACCUGUAUGGGCAGCGCAACAGCGCCCCGGAGCAGGAGCUGCUGCUGCAGGACUCCACGCCCGUGAGCAACUCCCUGCUACCCGAGAAGGCCUUCAGCGACAUCCCGUCGCCCUACCUGCGCGGCACCAUGAAGAUGAUGCAGGCGGUGCGCCAGGCCUUCCAGGACCAGGAGGACCGGCGCACGUGGGAUGGGCGGCCACUCACCAUGGCCGCCACCUUCGACGAUUGCCUGUAUGCGCUGUGUGUCGUGGACACCAUCAAGAGAUCCAGCCAGACGGGCGAGUGGCAGAAGAUUGCCAUCAUGACCGAGGAGCCUGAGCUGAGUCCGGCCUAUCUGAUCAGCGAGGCCAUGCGCAGGAGCAGGAUGUCCCUCUACUGUUAGCGCAGCCUGGCGACCCGGAGGACUUGGGCGUUAUGUAUGGUGCCCUGCCAAGGGCGAAAUGCGCAGGGGAGGGGGUGCCCACACGACACGUGACAAGGGAUCCCCAGUAUACGGAAGAGGGCCCCAGCCAAGAGUGUUGGUACAGGGGCUGUGGAAUUCAAGAGGGCAUGCCAUCCUGGAGCUGUCCCCUGCUGGGUCUUUGCAUGAGAGGGAGGAGGUUGAGAAGCGCUUCUGUUGCCCAUUACUGUGAGAAGCACGGAGGGGCGCCUCCCUCCCUACCUCAUCCAUCCACAUACCUUGCUUGGCCUCCUCUGCACAGCCAAAGGGCCCAGCCAGUCCAGGCACUGUAUCAGAGCCAGCUCAGUGGGAGCCAGGCUCCUCUCCGGCGCCCCUUCUCGCCUCCAAGGAGGAACUGCACAAGUCUCCAUUAAGCUUGUUGAUUUGGGAAGAAGCGGAAGUGGGUUGGGCUCCUGAGAAAGUUCAGGAAGCACUUUGUGUUCUACUUAAAGGGUCUGAAGGGAGAGUCCUUGUUAGCAAAGCCUGCAGCAUCCUUGAUUGCCCUUCCUCCUAGGAAGCACUAGGCGUGGCUAGCUGGCUCUCGGCCCUUCAGCUGGUGUGCUGACCACCACUGGAGGGCAGAGACCAAGAGUCCUCUGCCUCCGACCAGGUGAGGCAGAGCAUGCCGUGGCAGAGUGGCUGCAAGGAGUGAGGGUGCAGCCAGUAGAAAGGGGCUCACAGUGGGCUUCCCGGGCACUGCCAGGAAUACCAUACCCAGUUUGGGCUUGGCCCUGGGUUCCUGUGCCGUGCUCCCGGACCGGGGACAGCUACCGGCCUGUGUCACAGUGUGAACUUCCGAAACGGAAGAGAAAACAUGCCCCGUCCCAGAGUUGCUUUGGGCCCUAGCCCCCAUCUUUCCUACCAAGCUGAGGAAAGACUUUUAGGAGAGCACCCCUCCCCCAGCUCGGUGGGUUUAAAAGGGUUCACUUCAGGUUCACUCAGAAUUGAGGCUCAUUUCCUUACCUUUGACUUUCAAGAUCCGACUCCUGGAGACUUUUGGAAUAGGGAUUAAACAAAAGGAAGCGCCUGAGCGUACUUUUCAGUGUUUCUUAAAUGGGUUUAGGGCCCUUGGUGAGGGGUACACAGGUAGAGAAGGCUGCUGUUGGAAAAAUAUCGUUUUCACUUGCUGUCUGGUCUCCUUUGUCAUGUUAUCGUCUAUUUACAGGGGUGUCAGUAGAAAGGACCCACCACAAGCUCAGAGCGGGCUGCGAUGGAACCAGUGGUCCCCACCUCCCUUACACAAAUGUCCGCCUAUCGUCACAUGUCACUAAAAUCAUUUUUAAAAAGAAUUCUAAACUUCAGGUCUGACCUUAAAAACAAUAGCAAGUCAAGUACAUUUU